GGCGGAAGUCGCUAACGUGUAGGUCACGUGGUGAGUGCCGGUGUGCGAGCUCCUGGACAUGUUGAACAGAAGGAUACUGAUGCUCUUUAAAUGUAUUCGAGGUCGUCGCUUAAAAACGUACAGAAAUGUCUCCACUUCGUGGUCUCCGGUCGGAGCGGCCUUCAAUGCCAGACCGAGGAGGAAGGCGGAUUUAUUUGGGAAGAACGUGGGCCUUUUUGGUGUACAUGAGCUGAGUUCCCCAGUAGGAUUUCAGGUGGCUCAAGAAAAUGCAUUAAAAGAAACUGAACAGUUAGUGGAGCAAGCCUGCAGAACACCACCUGGUCCUCAGGUUGUUCAGAUCUUUGACAGACUUUCGGACUGUCUUUGUCGAGUUGCUGAUCUGGCAGAUUUUGUUAAGGUCGCACACCCAGACCCUUCAUUCCGAGAAGCUGCGGAGAUCACCUGUAUGACCAUUGGCACAGCGGUGGAAAAGUUGAACACUAAUAUUGAACUUUGUAAUAGUUUGAAAAACUUAUUGAAUGAUAAAGAAGCCAUGGAUUCCCUGGAUCCAGAUACAAGGAGAGUCGCAGAACUGUUUAUGUUUGACUUUGAGAUCAGUGGAAUUCAUCUGAAUGAGGAAAAGCGUAAAAGGGUGGUAAACCUUAACGUUCAGAUGCUGGACUUGAACAAUAGUUUUCUACUGGGCACUCACCUCCCAAACAAGAUUGACCGAAGUGCUAUCCCAGAACACAUUCGUCACUACUUCUCAAUGCAAAAGAAUCAUGUUCAUGUUAAUGGCCUUCAUGCAGAUUCACCCGAUGACUUGGUGCGCGAAGCUGCCUACAAGAUCUUCCUGUACCCCAACCCUGAAAUGCUACUCUGUUUGGACCAACUGUUGGCUUGUAGGAACCAACUGGCACAUUUAGUUGGUUAUGAGAGCUUUGCACACAGAGCAUUAAAGGGCACAAUGGCUAAGGACCCAGAAACCGUGAUGUAUUUCCUCACAAAAUUGUCGGAAAAGUUAUCUAAAAGAACUGAAAAAGAUUUUUGUAUGAUGCAAGAAAUGAAGAAAAAACUAAAUCCAAAAAAUUGUGAGUUGAUGCCUUGGGAUCACCCUUAUUAUAGUGGUGUCCUCCGUGCAGAGAGGUUCAACAUAGAUCCUAGUCUGUAUAGCCCAUUUUUUUCUUUGGGGGCCUGUAUGGAUGGCUUGAACCUGCUUUUCACCCAACUAUUAGGUGUCUCACUAUGUUUAGAAGAGCCAGAGAAAGGGGAAGUUUGGUCUGAUGAUGUCCAGAAACUGGCUGUGGUUAAUGAAACUGAUGGACUUGUGGGAUACAUUUACUGUGAUUUCUUCCACAGAUCUGACAAACCCCAUCAGGACUGUCACUUUACAAUCCGGGGUGGCCGAUUGCUGGAGAAUGGGGAGUACCAGCUUCCAGUUGUGGUACUGAUGCUCAGCCUGCCUCAUCCAACAAAGUCCUCCCCAACACUUCUAACUCCUGGAAUGAUGGAGAAUCUCUUCCAUGAAAUGGGUCAUGCCAUGCAUUCCAUGCUGGGCCGAACCAGAUAUCAACAUGUAACAGGUACUAGAUGUCCUACAGAUUUUGCAGAAGUUCCUUCAAUUUUAAUGGAAUAUUUUGCCAGUGACUAUCGUGUGGUUAAGCAGUUUGCAAGACACUUCCAGACAGGACAGCCAUUACCUCAGAAUAUGGUUUCCCGGCUCUGUGAAUCUAAGAAGAUUUGUGCUGCUGCAGACCUGCAACUUCAGAUCUUCUAUUCAGUCCUGGAUCAAAUCUACCAUGGAAAGUACCCUUUACCAAAAUCAACAACCGAGAUACUGAAAGAAACCCAGGAAAAAUUUUAUGGACUGCCCUAUGUAUCAAACACGGCAUGGCAGCUGCGUUUUAGCCACCUUGUUGGAUAUGGUGCCAAGUAUUAUUCCUACCUAAUGUCAAGAGCUGUAGCCUCCAUGGUUUGGAAACAAUGUUUCAUGAAGGACCCACUUAACAGGGCUGUCGGAGAGCGCUAUCGCAGAGAGAUGCUGGCACAUGGUGGUGGAAAAGCACCUAUGUUCAUGGUUGAAGGCAUGCUCCAGAAGAAACCUUCAAUGGAUGACUUUGUUGAUGCCUUGGUGUCAGACCUGGAUUUAAACUUUGAAACAUUCUUUAUGGACUCUGAGUAAUUAAAAUAAAAGUCUCCGGGAUGUUUGAUUUACAUCAGCAUCCAUGAAGUAAAAUUGAAGCAUUUAUAUAUGUGUGUGUGUAUAUAUUGUGAUUUAUAAAAAUAACUUCAAUGCUAUUAACAUAUUUUAUAUUGUUUGGAACAUAUUUUAACUGUUUUAGUUUUCAUUAAAGUACAUGCUAUUUUUUGGAA